UACUUUGGUGAUAGCGAUGUCUUCCAGACUCUUGAGCUUUGUGUGCCGCACAGGCCGCAGACGUUUCAUGUCCACCGGAAUUAAGCUGACCACAGUGGAAGUAAAUGACAAAACCGGCAUUGCCACGCUCACAAUGUGCCGUCCCCCCGUAAAUGGACAAAAUUUGGAACUGCUAUUGGAUAUUAAAUCAUCCAUUAACGAAAUAAAGAACAACAAUAGCCGUGGCCUCAUAAUAACAUCCGCUAGUCCGAAGGUAUUCUCUGCUGGCCUGGACAUCCUUGAAAUGUAUAAGCCGGACCCGCAAAGGCUUCGUGCCGUUUGGACUGAAUUACAAAAUGUUUGGUGCGAUCUCUAUGGGAUCAGUGUGCCCACAGCAGCUGCCAUCAAUGGCCACGCCCCAGCAGGAGGAUGUCUUCUGGCCACAGCCUGCGAGUAUCGUGUUAUGGUGCCAAAUUGUAUAAUUGGACUUAAUGAAACCCAACUUGGGAUUAUUGCGCCCAAAUGGCUGGUUUCGGGCUAUCUGAAUGUCCUGCCAAAACGAGUGGCGGAGCGGGCUCUUACUCAGGGUCGCUUGUUCACCACGGAUGAAGCCUUGCAGGAGGGCCUGAUCGACGAGAUCGCCAACAGCAAAGAGGAGGCUGUGGACAAGUGUGUCGCCUUCAUAGGCACGUUCGCCAAAGUGAAUCCCGUAGCCCGUGCUCUGACCAAGCAUCAGUUCCGCGCGGACAAUUUGCGCCAAUUCCAUAAGGAACGCGAACAGGACGUUGAUGAUUUCCUGUCCCUGGUCAACCGGCCAGAGGUGCAGAAGGGUAUAGGAAUUUAUCUCGAAGGUCUGAAGAAGAAGGCCAACAAGCAAUGAUCAAUUUUGUUAUAUGUAAAACCGAAUAUUAACUUAAAUUUCAUGUUCUGUUUUGUUCAAACUAAAUUCUUUCCACUCGA